GGGGGAGGGCCCAGUGACGGUGAGUCAUGGAUGCCGGGUAUAAAUAGACUCCCAGUAUCACCACCAGUCUGGGAUGUUCUGGUCUGGUCACUGAGGAAGCUUAGAAAAAUGUGUCGAAUGAUGGCGAGCAGAAAGCGGAUCCUGAGUCCUCUGGGGAAACGCCCUACACGACGGAGCCUGUUCGGUCCGGUCGACCACAAGCAGCUGCAGGCGGACUUCCAGGUCGAGCUGAGAAAAGAGCUCAAGGAGGCGUCGCAGCGCUGGAGCUUCGACUUCAUCACCGACAAGCCUCUGGCGAGUGGCGAUUUUCACUGGGAGGGCGUCCCGGGCGCCGAUGUGCCCCGGCUCUACAGGUCAUGUAUGCUGGGUUGGGCAGAAGGUGAAAAGGUGGCAGAGGCGGCUUUUAGUCCCAAGAAAAGAUGGGUGGGACCGCCACAGUGCGAGAAGGAGAACAUCCCUGAAAACGUGCUGGAAAGCUUCCCUUUCAACGUGGAGGUAACCCCGGAGAAGAAGGAGAAUGGAGGGCUGAAGAGGAAACAAACCAACCUUACAGAUUUCUAUCAGGCUAAAAGGAGAGUGGUUGGGACGCCGCGUAAAUCUGGUGUUUGAUGUUUUUCUUUUCUUUGUUUAUUUGGGUUUUUUUACAUGUUGCCAUCGGUUCAGCCUUCCUGAAAGAGCGAUGAAUGUUCCACCAGAACCUCAUUAAACACUCAGGGGUGGGCACAGACUGCAGACCUCAACCGUCUUGUCUUUAGAGUUAAUUUGGGUACUGUAUUCAUUCCGGGGGGGGGGGGUUGGUUGUUAAGAAGAUGACAUUUCUGAGGGGAUUACUGUUAAUCUCCCCAAACGUGGAUUUACACUCAUUUGGAUGUCCAAGUGAUCCGACUGAAUUAUUCCUUCUGCACAUUCCGCAACUCCGUGGUGGACGUCUCUGUGGCGUCCCAGCAGAGGAAUGUAGGACGAAGAAUACUUGAAACACAUCAGGGCCCGUAUCGGUCUGCCUCAAGGAAAACCCAGGAUGUCACCGAUUGACAAGCCGAAAUCCACUGUUGUGUUUUUUUUUUUUUUACGUCUGUCUUUCUUCAUGAUGUUUUCCUUUGUGUUUUUUUUUUUAAACCUCCUUAAGCACUUCCUUUGCAAAGUGUGUUGUCCUUUUUAGAUCUAAAAUCAACUCACAGGAAUGACACUUGAAGAGUUUGCUGGGCUUAUCAUGUGGUCUUCUGUAGCAGGUUUCUUUUUACGUAUGAUUUAGAUAAGCAGAUGAAUUAUGUAUAGUAAGUAGCAUAUACUUGUAUUCAUGGUAAACCCAUUGCGCAAUAUUGCACAUGCGCCUCGUGUAUCGAGUGCCUUUAGUCGACAAUCACAAGAGUGUUCUCAUUUGUAAAAUAAAAAUAUUAUAUAUAUCUAUAUCUAUAUGUCUUGUGCAAUUCAUCAGACUCAAGUGUCAUCUGCUGCAAAACUACGUCUGUUCAUGGCUCCUAUUUAUGCUCCUGCUGCUAUGGGUGACUGCAAUGCUUCUCCUGACAAACUGACAGCUUGGGAAACCUUCGGCAAAAUGUUGACAGCACUUCUGUUUCCGCACGCGGCUCCUAUACUGUUUUACGUGCAAAGCUACCCUCUUAUUUAUUCUGCCACGCCUUGUGCUCAUUGAUCUUUAUGUUGAAUAAGAAUGGAAUCACAGUAAAAUGUCACAAUCCAAUUGUGUGUUUGUUGUCUUGAAUGGGCUACGUGAACCACUACGCUGCCAACGGCCUUCAUUUAUAAAAAAAAAAAAAAAAAAGCAUUCAUAAGCCAUUGCAUCUCCGUUUGUCUAGAAAGGAAAGGAAGCUGACGGCAGCUUCAGCCUUUUGUCCCACAUAAACGCACUACUGCUUCUCCGAUGCUUUAAAUGUUUGCUCACA